UCCUUAUUCAGCCCUGCUCUGAGCAGCAGAAAGAGGAAAAGCAGCGGAGAGAAGGCGGGGUUUUAGAUGGAGUAGCAAGAGAGAGAGAAGGCAGAGAGCAGCCAAAGUUUCAAACUGUGGAAAUAUGAUGGAAGCCAGCGUUGUUUCCCAGGACACACGCCAAACGAACGCGCUGACAGGAGCGCUCGACACUCCCACCACCCCUCCUCCCUCCUCUAUCCCUCCGCCUUCUGUACUCUCCUCUGCCCUGCCUCCUCCCAGGCCAUGCCGACCCAAACCCCCACCUCCCAUGGCCAAGCCCUCCCAGCUGCCCUCUCGUCCUCCUGUUACCCCAUCCUCCCCUCCAUCCCUACCUCCUCCUCUCCCUCCAUCUGCCUCCAAGCCCUCUCUUCCUCCUCCUCCUUCCUUCAACCCUCCUUCUCCAUCCCUCCCUCCUCCUCUCUCCCCAACUCCUGUCUCCCCUGCACCCUCGCCUCUGCUUUCUUUUUGCCCAUCCGUCUCGACUCCCCCCCCAGUCUCCUCUGAUUUGACUCCAUCACCCCCUCUCCCUCCUCCUCCUCUUCCUCCCCCUCUAUCGCUCACUCCCUCCUCCUCUCCUCUACAUUCUCCUGCUCCUCCUCCUCCUCUCUCCCCUCCAUCCUCUCCAUCUGCCCCAGUCCUAAGACCUAUAGAUCAGCUGCUUGGCAGUGUUUCAGUAUGGCAGCCCAAAGGACUCAGCCCCGACAAAGCCACGAGUAUAAUGGAGAGACAGGCAGCUGGGGCGUUCUUGGUUCAGAGGACAGAGGACCAGGGUUUGAUGUUGUCAAUACGCCUACCUGAUGGACAGGGGGCGCCACUCGUCCACAACCUGAUGGUCAAACAACACAAGACAUUUCUCCACUUAGAAGGUUCCUCUCUGGUUUUCGAUGACAUCUUCAAACUGGUGUCUUUCUACUGUAUCAGCAGGGAUGUCCUGGCUGUCCCACUGAGGUUACCCAGGGUCAUCAGCAUGGCAGCUAAGGAGGAGCUGGAGGCCAUCUCUGCCAUGGGAGCAGAUUUCUGGACGUCUGAUUUGAACCAGCAGGCAGAAAACCAGGACAUGGUUUUGGAUAAGAACCACGGCAGUCAGCCCAGUCUGCACUGGUACAUCAACCCAGUUGCUGUGGAGGAAAACGCCAAGGACCCUGACUCCAACCUGGAAAAUACAACCUCUCAGAACGUCAGCUCCUCCCUGCAGAAUGGAGAAACUGCUAAAAAGAAGCCGGAGGUCAGAGAUCAGAGUAAACCCACGACCAACCAGGAAAUGUCACCUAGAUACAAGCGACCCCCACCUCGACCCCCCAGCCUGAGCUUAGGGUCUGGGUCGGGCCUCCUCUCCUCCCUUCCCCCUUCAGCUAACACCUCCUUCUCUCUCACCCCGGCAGCUGAGAGAAAAGAGGAAGGAAGGGCAGGAGGAGGGGAGAAAGAAGAGAGGAAGUCGGUGUCAACAUCGCCUCCUCCGCUGCGGCCUCCUGUCCCCUUGCAGAGUCGAACUGCUCCCCCUCUGCCUCCUGCUCCUCUACGUCGCACCUCAUCCAGGAAAAGCAAAGAUCAGGAAGGAGGGAAGAUGACGGAGAGAGAGAAGGGACAUAAUCCUGCUGAGAAAAAUGAGCAAGAUGGAGCAGGGGAGUUAGGAGAGGAGAAAACAGGAACUAAUUCAUCUUUGACAGAGCAGGUGGCUGCACAAGGGGGUUCCUGCAGCAGCAGCCAACAUCAAGUGGAGGAGGUGAAAAAAGACGAUGAGGGGGUGACGGAGAGAGAUGAGGCAAGGGAAGAGAGACAGGUGAAAACAGAUAAAGAAGGAGUGGAGGAAAAACAGAAAUCCAGCUAUGACUGCCAACCAUUAUUAAAGAAGCCCUCUCGUCCAGUCCCUCCCCCGAGGAGAAGGCAACCUUACGAGCAUAACACACCAUCCAUGCCCAACCUCACAGGAUCAGCCAAUCAGAGUGCUGGCGUGAGAGUGGUCCGUCCCUCCCCGGCACGGCGGCCAGACAUGUCCCUGUAUUCGCCACAGGGGGGUGCUGUGGAUGGGACUGACCCUGACUCGUGCUCAACCAGCAGCACAGAGGAGGAAGGAGAGACGAACCAAGAUCAGGAGCAAAAUCACAGUCGCAGUGCAGACGGCCGCAACCAAAAGGCAGCAGUGAAGCGAACCCCCACCACAGUGAUGCUGGACCGAGCCCGGCAUCGCCUAUCCACUGUCCUCAGUGGCCUCAUCAGCCACGACCGCCGUCUCACACAACGCAUUGUAGAACUGGCCAGGGACCCACUGAGCUACUUUGGUAGUCUGGUUAAGGAGCACCGUGCCUUCACCUUGGAGACCAUGUCACGUCACACCUCCACCACUGAGCUGCUACAGGAGAUCAGACAGAUGAUGACUCAACUGAAAAGCUACCUGCUGCAGAGUACAGAGCUGCAAGCCAUGUUGGAGCCGCAACAUCAGUACACACAGGACAAACUAGAGACCAUAGUGGAAGCAGCUCUGUGUAAGAGUGUAUUGAAGCCACUGCGAGAGCCAAUUUACCGCAGUCUGGAGAAACUGCACACUGACAAUGACAGCCUUCAACAAUUGUCACAGAACCAGUCUGUGGUCCUAGGCAGCACCACCACAGCGCUGGGAAUCACCACUGCAAUCCCUGAAGCUCCGGCUAUGGAGAAGAUCAGCAGUAAACUGAACAGUCUGCAUCUGGAGUAUUCUCCCCAGAGGAAGAUAGAGCUGCUGCUGAAGACCUGCAAGAUCAUCUAUGACUCCAUGUCUGUUAGCUGUUCAGGGCGGGCCCAUGGCGCUGAUGACUUCCUGCCUGUGAUGAUGUAUGUCCUGGCUAGAUCCAACUUGGCUGCACUGCAACUGGAUGUUGAAUAUAUGAUGGAGUUAAUGGAUCCAUCACUCACAUUGGGAGAGGGCUCCUAUUACCUAACCACCACUUAUGGAGCUCUGGAGCACAUUAAGAGCUUCGACCAGCAGAGGGGAGCAACACGGCAGCUAAGCAGAGAAGUUCAGGACUCGAUUCACCGCUGGGAGAGACGACGCACCCUGAACAAGGAGCGCAUGGCCCAGGGAUCUGUGCAGGACUUCCUCACAGUGUGCUGUCCUGAGAACGGAUCCAACCCCAAAACUAUGGGUGUUCUGCCCACUACCACCAUCCAGCAGUUGGUAGAGCAGUGUGCUGAACGUUUUGAACAAGACUCCUACACACUGAGUGUGUAUGUGGACAAUGUUUAUCGGCCCCUGGCCCCGACAGAAUUGGCCCUCAGUGUUAAGAGCAGCCUCCCACCAGGGGCCUACUGCUUCGUCUAUCACCCCAAUGACCAGUCUGAGAAGAAGCCUGGCAACAGUCACUGUGGCAACCAGCCCCCUGACACACCAGAGGGAAGCUGUUACUAUGACAGUGAAACAGCUAUAGAUACGCAGGCAGCUGAGGAAGAGGAAGAGAGUCUGAUUAGUUUGUGACUGUCUCAGCAUCAUGAUGGCAGCCACUGUAAUGAUAUGGCGACUACACUGCCGCAGUGCCUGUUUCCAUGGCGACCACAUCACCAAAGUAUCAAUUCAGAAUGGGGUUGCAUUCAACAGCAAGAAUAUUUUUAGCAGUUUUUCAUGUUGUUGGAACAUGUGACUGAAUUGCGUAUUUCUUUUUCAUUGUAUGAAUGCAUGUUAUUCUCAGGUCUCGAAAAAGAGAUGCUGAUCUCAGUGGGACUACCUGAUUAAAGCAAAACUGUCCUUUGGUAGAGUGUUGGAUUGUAUAGUUACCUGGAUGUUAUAUGAAUACACAUGGAAAUAUACUCAUUAAUUGCUCUGAGCUCCGCUCGGCUGCUAAUCCACAAUUCUGUAUUUCUAUCCUUGCUUUAACUUCCACAGUGCAGCAAAACAGGUCCCAAGUAACAUAUAAAUGAGCAACAUAGAUUAUGCCAACAAGAGCACGGAGCAACUAAUAAGGAUAUUUCACCACCAUGUGAACUCAUAUCACACCAAGAAAACUAUACAACACAACACUCUAACAAAGUUCAUUUUGCUUAAAACAGGAAAAUUAAACAAAAUGAAGGAAAACAUUUUGAAACUCCCAACUUCAACAGUACCUGUGGAUAACAGAUGCAUAUUACAUUCUUCAGAAGGAUUUACAUCAACACAUAGUAAUCAUGCUAUAUGCACAGCAGUAAUAAUGUGCAUACAGGAAAUCAUAUUUUAUUUCUAUAUAUAUAUAGAGAGAAGUGUACAUAUACAUAUGU